AUGCGUGCGUCAUCUACUCUUACCAGCACUGCAGCUGCAGUUGCAGCUUUCUCAGGUCUGGCAUCUGCAUUGACCGCCAGCGCAAAGAACAACGUCGUCACAUACUGGGGUCAAGGUCCCAACCAAGGAAGUCUUCAGGACGUCUGCAAGAACCCUAACGUCGACAUUGUCAACAUCGGAUUCAUCAACGUCUUCCCUGACCAAGGAGCAGGUGGCUGGCCUGGAUCGAACUUUGGCAAUGCUUGUGGUAGCGAGACCUACACUUACAAGGGCACGAAAACUCAGCUCUACUCCAACUGCCCUGACAUUGGUACCGACAUCGCCAUCUGCCAGAAGGUCUAUGGCAAGAAGGUUCUUCUGUCUAUCGGUGGUGGAUACCCUACCAACUACUUCAUCAACAACGACACCAGUGCUGUGAACUUUGCCAACUUCUUGUGGGGUGCUUUCGGACCUGUCAAGGACGAGUGGACUUCGACUGGCGGUCCUCGUCCUUUUGGUGAUGCUGUUGUUGAUGGAUUCGACUUUGACAUCGAGAGCGAGCUCUCCACCGCUCCUACUGUCAACGGCAAGGCUCUCACCAACUACAAGACCAAUGGCUACGUCAAGAUGAUUACCACUUUCAAGAACACUCUCUACCCCCAGGAUUCCAUGAAGCCUUACUAUAUAUCUGGUGCACCUCAGUGCGUUGUUCCUGACCAACACUUCUCUGGUGUCGUCGAGAAUGCUUGGUUCGAUUUCCUCUUCAUCCAGUACUACAACACCGCUGCCUGCUCUGCCCGCCAGGCCAUUACCUCUGGCACCUUCAAGGGCUACAACGACUGGACUAGCGUCAAGUCUAAGAACGCUGAUAUCAAGCUCUUCGUUGGUCUUCCUGGAAGCACUGCUGCCUCGAGCAACGCUAGCUACUACCUUCAACCCUCUGAGGUCAAGACUCUCAUCAGCAAGGUUUACAGCAACACCAGAUUCGGUGGUAUCAUGGUCUGGGAGGCUACUUACGCCGCCAACAACGUCAUCUGCAACAGAAACUAC